UCGCAUCUCUCCAACCUUUUCUAACAGAACAACAUCGUCUGCACCAAUCGUCUAGACAAGACGGUUCUGGAACAAGGCCCCGCAGUGAACGAGCAGAUAUCGACACGAACUCAUCAUUCCCCUCGUCGCAUCAUCAACUCAUCAACCUAUCCCUCUAACGUCAUAUACACUAGCAAGCAAGCAUGGCCUCCAAAGCUACUUCAACCCAGCCUCAACCUCAAGCUUCUACCUCCGGAUCGAAUUCAGCUUCUCCCUCAAACAUGACUUCGGUUGAUCAGUCCAACCCGAUGUCGACUAUCAUCAACGGUGGGACCGGCAGGAUCCUCUGUGUCUCGGACAUCAGGGGAGAUUAUAACAAUCUGAACAAGAUGAUCGAAGAGAACAAGGCUGUAGCGGUCAUCCAUACGGGAGAUUUCGGUUUCUUGGACGGGGGAAGUCCGUCAAGGAUGAUGCCGAGGAUCUCUCGACACCUCCUCAACUACACCCCUUUGCUCGAUAAUACCACCCGUACCGAACUCCUUGCCAUUCCUCACGGCCCUGCUCUAUUCUCCCGCCUGGAUCCCUCGCCAUCGUCUCCUUCUUCCUUCAAACUCUCGCAACUCGGACUCCUCCUCUCUGGGGACAUCAAGUUCUCCUGUCCCGUCUACACCGUCUACGGACCCGUGGAGGAUGUCAGGGUCUUGGAAAAGUUCAGGACGGGGGAGUACGAGGUGGAUAACCUGUUCAUCCUGGAUGAAGCUUUGACGAGAUCUUUAGAAGUUGGGGGAAUCAAGUUAAGGUUGUUCGGACUAGGUGGUGGAGUUCAGAUGCACAAGAUGUUCGACAAUGGAGAAGGCACAGCGACUAUUGCAGGUGGAAACGGAACGAUUUGGGCAACAGCGCUUCAGAUCGGUGAACUUGUGGAUACUGCCGAACGAGUCUUCGAUCCCAGCGAGACUAGAGUAUUGGUCACCCACGGAGCUUAUGGGAGGGACGGACUUCUUGCUCAACUGGCCAUGGUCCUGAAGGCGGAUCUGACCAUUUCCGGCGCUCUGCACUUCCGCUUCAUCUCCUCGUUCAACGAGUUUGGUGUACAGACCGAUCAAGAGAGCUUCAAGAACAAGUUGUUGAAGAGCAGGAACGCCUUUAUGGAGGUCUACGAGUCUGCCAAGGUUCAGCUCGACAGCUCGAUCUCCGCCGAUCAGAAGGAGUUUUUGCAGAAGGCUGUCCAGGUUGCUCAAAAGGUUGUUGCGAGCAAAGCCGAUGAGGAGGACCCGUACUGGAAGAACUGUUGGCACUGGAGCUUGUCCGAGGCGGCGUACGGACAUAUGGUGAUGUCAGUCAAGGAUGGUAGGGUAUCAGCAGAGACUUUCAGUCAAGGUCUCAACUUUGGUUACCGACGGUUCCAGAAGGCUGGUCGACAGGUCGAAGCCCCGGCUCACGCGCAGACCAACACGGGGACGAAUACCCCUGUUCCGGCGAACAAGCCUGUCAACCCUCCUUCAGGACCGGCAGGGCAAGCUCGCUCACAGCCGGUCCAGCCUCGCAAAGUCAACAACAAUCCGGUAGAGGCCAAACCAGCUCCAGCCCAGACGAGCUCGACGCCAGCUCCUCCCAAGCCUGCAAACACAAUCGCGCCGGCAACGGUCAAUCCGCCGUCAAACAAUGCUCCUACGCAGGCUCCAGCUAAGCCUACGCCGACUGGCCCGUCCAAACAUGUCGACACGCCUAUCCCGUCGAGCACGAAUUCGGCACCCGUACCUCAGCAGUCGCAACAACAGCAGCAACAGCAGAACCAGCAACGCGAGCAGAACCAGGCUCAACAGAACCAAUCUCAGACCGCUCGACCCGAGCGUAAAACAUCGAACCGUUUCGAGAAGGGGGAAGGCAAGGAUCGAGAACCCCGAGAGCCUCGGGAGCCCCGGGAACCUCGCGGCGAACGCGGAAAUGAGCGUGAGCGUGAGAACCCCUGGACCAAGGCGAAUGGCGGAGAAUCUACCGAGCGGGCCGGAAAGAAGAUUCGCGGACCCAAGCCUUUGAAGGAAGGUAAAGAACAAGCUACAUCGCCUCCAGACGGUUUCAAGACGGUCGGAUCUAAGAAGGACUUGAACAAGCCCGAGGUCGCCAGUAAACCCGAUAGCGACAAGGAGAACGCCCCCGAGUCGAGCGAGCCUGUGGAUGAGGCCAAAAAGAUCGAGGCCGAAGAUGGUCCUUCGAGGAUCAAUGGAGAGAAAGCGCCGAGGACGCCUUUCAACCCAUACUCCUUGUACAUCAAGGGUCUGCCCACCGAUGUCACUCAGGACAAUCUGAAGACCAUCUUUGACGAAGCGAUCCGUGCCAAGAUCACCCGAAUGAAGAUUCCUCUCGAUCAGAACGGUAACCCGAAGCGUUUUGCUUACGUCGAGUUUGGAAACGACGAGGACCUUCAAGCAGCGCUUAACAAGCACGAAGAUACCCUUAACGGUUCGUCUUUGAACAUUACCAUCUCGAACCCUCCUGCGACCAGCUCUUUCCGAGGCGGUCGUGGAGGAUUCAACGGGUCCCGCGGUGGUCGAGGCGGCGGAUUUGGUGGACGAGGCGGUUUCCGACCAGGAUUCAACAAGCCGACUGUCCCUUCGUCUUAGAGGACGGUCUGGAUCGCUACAAAACAACAAAAAGGCUUCUCACCCUUCGUGCAACUGCGUUCUUCUCGGUCCUCAGCUUUCGGUAAGCUCGACACUCCUGGCUUUUGGCUCGAAUGGUUUCUCCUUUUCUUUUCCCAUAUCCUGUUGUUCUUAUGCUGCUCGUGUGACGACCUUGCAUCGCGCAAUACGACCUUUCCCCCCUCGAUCUUCCUCACCUCACCUUUCCCCCACUUACACCCUCAAAACACCUCACCUCGCCUCUUCUCUCCUGCUCGGAAUCAUGAUGCCUGUCUCUGUUUGUAGCAUAGUCUUAGUAGAAAUCACGAGCAUGUCUAUGAAUUGCGACGAGGUC